AUGUCGGAAUCUGUCUCAGAAACGUCCCAACCUGUGGCUGAACAAUUAUACCAUGUCAAGCUGCUCUCAGCGUUGAGAAGCGGCGAACCAGCUGCGAUUCAUUCACUUUUAACCGAAAUUGGGAAAGACAGGCGUAAAUCGGUCGAUGGGGACAUCGAUACAGGCGCUGCAGCUCUACAUCUGGCGGUCAGAUGUGCAUCCAAGGAGACAAUCGCGCUCUUGCUGGCACAUAGAGCCAUAUCUCCCAAUGGCGUUCACCCACCUGGGUCCGGAACUACACCGUUGCAUCUCGCAGCCUCCUUGGGGAGACUAGAUGCCGUCAAUCUCCUCCUCGAACAAGAAAACAUCGACGACAGCUUGCGAGACAGCAACGGAAAGACCUGCAGAGAUGUGGCUAGGAAUAAAGAGAUUGUUCGGGCAAUUGACGACUCCCGUUCGUUCCUCAAUGCGAGCUAUCGAUCGUUGUUGCACAGUUAUAUCCUUUCUCCACCCAACGACCCGCCGUCACAAGCUCUCAUUGAUCUCCUCGAGUCUCCCCGCGUCAAAUUCGUAGAUUUGUCUUAUCUCGACAACGACAGUGGGUUCUCAUUGCUGCAUGAGGCAGCUAAGAGGAAGGAUCUCCGGCUCAUUGAACUGGCUGUGCGAGCUGGAGCCGACGUGUUCCUGAGAGACCGAAGAGGGAAAAUGGCACACGAAGCUGCUGGGAAGGACGAUCGAGUCAAGGUCUUCUUGCGUCAAUUCGCGAACCACGACAAGACACUCAUCCAAAGCAAAGCCCCUCCAACCGAAGCUCCUUCUCUUAGGGGAUAUCUGAACAAGUAUGCCAACGUCGCGAAAGGAUACAACACUCGUUGGUUUGUCCUCAAGAACGGUGUGCUUUCAUACUAUCGGCAUCAAGAAGACGAAACAGUGGCUAGCCGCGGGUCGAUAUCCAUGAGGAACGCUGUCCUCAAGGUAUCUGAAAAGACAAGGUUCGAGAUUUCAACGGUGGGCUACUAUGGAGGAACCGCCCAAAAAUGGUACCUCAAGGCAAACCAUCCCGUGGAGGCCCACAGAUGGACGCAAGCCAUCAACCAGAGUAUCGAAUGGGUUCGACAAGAAGCCGCUUCGUCUAUCGAUGAGCGUCGGAGACCCAGCGGAGAGAGUGACUCAAGCGGUGUUCGUUCCACCCCGUCCGUUCAUUCGCACAACCCCGUCCCUCCAACCAUGAAGAAAUCCUUGCGUUCGCGGCUAAAGGAUUCGAUAUCACUUACCGGGUCCAGCUCCAACGUUGAUCUCAACGACCACAACGGCCCCAACCUAGCGCAGAAUGAGGAGUCGGCGGUGAAGGAUGACGAAGAUGAAGACGAGGGCUCGUCCUCAUCGCAGUCUGAGCGAUCGGGGUCACCUCCCCACGAGAACUUCGAGCUCCACGGCAAUGCCACCGUUGCCCAAUUAGAGAUCACCUCCCAACUUCUCGCCAAACACCUUGAUGCGAUUACCCCACAUGACGAAGCCCACCUUGCUCUUAAACAAUCACUCUCCUCGGUCCACGACAUGCUUAACGAAUAUAUCCAAAUGGCGCGGGAGAGGGAUGAAUAUUGGAGGAAGCAGCUGAAGAAGGAGAAGAAGAGGCAGAGCUUCUGGGAGGAGAGUCUCGCGACCGUGGUUCGAGAGGGUGAAAAUCUUGAGCGGGAGCUCAGGGCACGGAGCAAGAGGAGAGGGAGCCGCACGUUCGGACCACUCGAUACAGUCAAGUCACCCACUCGACCCGCUGCACUCAGUCUGGCCAAGCAGCCGUCUCCUGUCAACGAACAGACACCACCGGCGACCCCAGCAAAGGAAACCUCUACAACGUCCCCUACCACGGCCGUGCCCCCUGCCAUCCCGCCGACCGCUGCGACACCCAGUUUCCCCGGUGAUAUCAAGACCCCUUCGCGAAGAGAUACCAUCGUGCCCAAUGUUCCUCCACCUACAUCUAUAACCAGCGCUCCUUCCGAUUCAUCGGCCACGGAGCCUGCCUCUGAACCUCCUAUCGAUAUAGACACCGACGAGGAAGACGAGUUCUUCGACGCCAUCGAAUCGAAUAACCUGCCCAACCUUGUGGUGCCUGAAGGCCUUACAAGCCCUACGGUCUCGCAGGUUAAUCUUCCGAUUCCCUCGAUUGAGCCGUAUGCGGGCUACACCCGUUUCCGCGAGAGGUUGAGGCUGAACGCGGAUGAGAGGCCGAGCAUCAGUUUGUGGGCGGUGUUGAAGGGCAGUAUUGGUAAAGAUCUUACCAAGAUUAGUUUGCCUGUGUUCUUUAACGAGCCUACGAGCAUGUUGCAGCGGAUGGCUGAGGAUAUGGAGUUCUCAGAGUGCUUGGAUAUUGCUGCUACCGAGAAAGAUCCCCUUCGACGAAUCGCCUACGUUGCCGCAUUCGCCAUGUCCAACUAUUCGUCUACGCUCGGUCGUAUCGCCAAACCUUUCAACCCCAUGCUGAGCGAGACGUUCGAAUACGUGCGGCUGGAUCGAAAAUAUCGCUACGUCUCUGAGCAAGUGAGCCACCACCCACCGAUUUCAGCGUGCUGGGCGGAGUCUCCUCUGUGGCACUACUAUGGCGAGGUCGACGCUCAGAACAAGUUCUUGGGCAAGUCGUUCGAAGUUAGACCCACUGGCAUCGCCCAUGCGGAUCUCCUGCUCCCCGAGGAGCAGUACCCACACUACCCCAAGGCGACUGGGCCAGGCGAGAAGGGCAAGGUUGUAGAGCAUUAUAGCUGGAAGAAGGUCACGACGAGCAUCUCGGGAUUCAUCCUUGGUUCUCCUACCAUUGAUCAUUACGGUGACCUAGUGGUGACGAAUCACCGUACGGGAGACCAGUGCAUUCUCACCUUCAAGCCGAGAGGCUGGAGAGCCAAAGACUCUUACGAGAUCUCUGGGCAAGUUAUCUCCUCCAAGGGCAGGGUCGCGUACGAAAUCGCGGGACGAUGGACGUCGCAGCUCAUCAUGAAGCAAGUGGGUGUUGGUGGCGCCACGCUCCACCCCGACCUCACCGUGGCCGGGCCCAACUCACCGUCCGCUUCACCCGAGUACAUCCUCCUCUGGCGAAACUCGGAGAAGCCCACUGGCAGCCCGUUCAACCUCACGCCGUUCGCGAUUACUUUGAACCACUGCCCCCUCGACACGCUCAAGCCGUUCCUCUGCCCCACGGACUGCAGGCUGCGUGUGGACCAGCGUGCUUUCGAGCUUGGGUUGUACGAGUUGGCGAAUAAGCUGAAGCAUGAGCAGGAGGAGAAGCAGCGCGCGAUCCGGAGGGCGAGGGAGGCGGGGCAGAUGGAGCCUCACAAGCCGCGGUGGUUCAUCGCUGAGACGGAGCCUGAUACGGGGGAGAGGGUGUGGAACCCGUACCGAGCGGAGGAUAAUACGGUGGAGUAUUGGAAGGAGAGGGAGAAGGUUUGGGCGCAGGGAGGGAAUGCGCCUUGGAAGGAUGUGGAUGAUAUUUUCAUUGAGGAGCCGAGUGAGAUUACGAGGCUUAUGGAGCAGGAGCAGGAGACGUCGUAG